UAUUUGAAAAUAAACACGUCAAUCCCUUCCUAGGGUUUUAAAUAUAUUGAUGAAAAACUUGUAGGUCUUAUUUAGAAAACAGUGAUUUUUUAAAUAAAUCUGUAUUGUUAAGAGAAAGUGUGUAAAACAAAAAUUUGCGAGUAUGGGACUAUCCAGGCAGGAAAUUAAUUUACGAAGACUGUUGGCCAAAUGUGAACUUCUGAGUAAAAACCAGAAAGAGGACGAAAGAUUCGAAAAAUAUAUAAGUACUUUGGAGGAAAUGGUGCAAGAAGUAAAGAAAAAUACUGAUACACCAAUAGAGUCGAUAAAGAAUUAUCAAAGUAGAAUAAAGAAUAUAAAAUUGAAACUAGGCAUUACAACUAUAAGCAAAUUCGACGAAUUUAAUGAUCCACUUGCUAUGAGGGAAGAAUUAUUAGGGUUGCGGAACAGGAAUGUGAAACAAAACAUGGCUCCUGAAUCCGCUGAUUUAGAUCAAGUUUUGAAAUACCAGGAGGAUUUCCAAAACAAAAUAGCGGAGGAAAUGCUUGAAUUUACGAAAACUUUGAAAGAGCAGUCUGAACUCGCGAAUAAAAUCAUUAAGAAGGAUACUGAGGUUGUGAGUAAUUCAACACAAUUAACUGACCAAAAUUAUUCCAAAUUGAUGGUUGAAUCAACUAAAUUAGCUGAACAUACUAAAAGAGCCUGGAAAUGCUGGUUGUGGAUUAUUUUAGCUAUUGUGUUCAUAGUUUUUAUAAAUAUGGUUUUAUUCAUGAAAGUUAUGAAGAAAAGUAAAUGAAUGAUCAAGGUGGUUUUGACUCAUUCUAAUAAAAGUGGCUUUUCACGAUUUCAUUAUGUGGGGUUUCCGACUAUAUAGAAGUAUAUAUUUCGCACAUGUUUAUCGCAAUUUAUACUGGUUUAUUUACUAGUUUAUAAGAAUUUUAUAAAAAAAAAUAUUAUGAUAGUUCCAACAAAAUAAAGCACUUUUGAUAUUA